ACGUACCCAUACAUAACGCAUUCACUUUCGUUCUUAUCCUUAAAAAUCACUAAUUUACUUACUCUGUUUCUCUCUCUCUCUCCUCUCUCCUCUCUCCUCUCUCUAGAGAAAACAAGAGCUCGUUUUAGAAUUUAUGGAAUUAGAAUCAACAUCAUCUUUCGUUUCCUUAACUCCAAGAUUCAUCUUCGUCUGCAACACCCACAUAUAAACUCAACACACCCAAAUCAAAAAUCACAACACCAUUGUUAAAUUCAUUUUCUAAAACAAAAAACAGAGGGAAAAAAAAGCUUUCUUGGGUGCCAUUGUUUCCGAGUAUGCUAUCGAGAUCCUGCUUUGAUUUAUUGAAUUUGGAUCCCAUCGAAGAUUUCCGGACCGCCACUCGGAUCCCAAAACUCAUGACAGUCCCCCGAGUCAUAUCGGAGUUCGAAACCGACGACAACCACCAAAACGACGACGUCCCGGCCGAUUCCCCUGUUCCGCACCAGCGGAGAAUCAUUGUCGCCAACCAGCUGCCCAUUCGUGCCUCUCGCGACGCGAAAACCAGUAAGUGGUCUUUUGAAUUGGACCAUGACAGCCUGGUGCUGCAACUCAGAGACGGCUUCAAGCCCGACGUGGAGGUCUUGUACGUCGGCUGCUUGAAGGCCGAGAUCGACCCAUCGGAGCAAGACGAAGUGGCGAGCUUGCUUCUCCACGAGUUUCGGUGCGUCCCCACCUUCUUAUCUAUGGACGUGCAGAACAAGUUUUAUCAUGGGUUUUGUAAGCAUUAUCUCUGGCCUCUGUUUCACUACAUGCUGCCCAUGACGCCGAGCCACGGUGCACGGUUCGACCGUGCACUCUGGCAGGCGUACGUGUCGGCAAACAAGGCCUUUGCCGAUAGAAUCAUAGAGGUGUUGAACCCAGAUGAGGAUUUCGUCUGGAUCCACGAUUAUCAUCUGAUGGUGUUGCCUACUUUCUUGAGGAAGAGGUAUUAUCGUGUUAAGCUUGGUUUCUUUCUGCAUAGUCCCUUUCCUUCUUCGGAGAUUUACAGGACGAUACCGGUACGCGAAGAGAUUCUUCGGGCCUUGUUGAAUUGUGAUCUGAUUGGUUUCCAUAUAUUUGAUUAUGCAAGGCAUUUUCUGUCAUGUUGUAGCAGAAUGUUGGGUCUUCAUUAUGAGUUCAAAAGGGGCUACAUGGGUUUGGAAUAUUAUGGAAGAACUGUGAGUAUUAAGAUGCUGCCUGUUGGGAUUCAUAUGGGUCAGCUUCAAUCCGUUUUGUCGCUUGAGAAUACUGCCAGGAAGGUGAAGCAACUCAAGGAGGAAUUUGAGGGGAAGACUGUGAUUUUAGGGGUGGAUGAUUUGGACUUGUUUAAGGGGAUUAGUUUGAAGUUUCUGGCAAUGAGGCAGCUUCUGGAGGAGCAUCAGAAUUUGAGGGGCAAAGUGGUUUUUGUGCAGAUAACAAACCCGGCGCGAAGUCGGGGUAAGGAUGUGCAGGAUGUGCUGAAUGAGACCAGUGCUAUUGCAAAAGAAAUCAAUCAGAGGUAUGGCGAACCGGGGUACCAGCCGAUCAUUGUCAUCAAUGGCCCGCUUACGACGCAAGAGAAGGCUGCAUACUAUGCCAUUUCGGAGUGCUGUUUGGUAAAUGCUGUGAGGGAUGGGAUGAAUUUGGUGCCUUACAAGUAUACUGUUUGUAGGCAGGGCAGCCCUGUUUUGGACAGGGCAUUGGGGAUUGAUGAGGCAGAUAGGCCUAAAACGAGUGUCAUCAUCGUGUCUGAAUUCAUUGGCUGUUCUCCAUCUCUCAGUGGUGCAAUCCGCGUCAAUCCAUGGAACAUCGAUGCCGUUUCUGACGCAAUAAACUUGGCCACCACAAUGCCGGAGGCAGAGAAACAGUUUCGCCACGACAAGCAUUACAAGUAUAUUAGCUCUCAUGAUGUUGCGUAUUGGGCGCGAAGCUUCGAUCAAGACCUUGAGCGAGCUUGUAGAGAGCAUUACCGCAGGCGGUGCUGGGGCAUUGGUUUGGGUUUGGGAUUCAGAGUUGUUGCUUUGGGACCUAACUUCAGGAAGCUUUCUGUGGAUCACAUUGCCCAUGCUUACAAAAAUGCAAAUAGUCGGUUGAUUUUAUUGGACUAUGAUGGCACUAUGACGCCUCAGGCUUCGGUGGACAAAGCCCCCAGCAGUGAAGUUAUUUCAGUUUUGAAUUGCUUAUGCAACGAUCCGAAAAAUGUGGUUUUCAUUGUGAGUGGCAGAGAGAAGGAUUCUCUCAGCAAGUGGUUUUCUCUUUGUGAGAAAUUGGGGUUGUCAGCAGAACAUGGCUACUUAACCAGGUGGGCUAAGGAUUCUCCUUGGGAGACUUGUACCUUAGCAAUGGACUUCGGUUGGAAAAACAUUGUACUGCCUGUUAUGGAACCAUACACAGAAGCAACUGAUGGCUCUUUCAUAGAGCAGAAAGAAAGUGCAUUGGUCUGGCAUCAUCAAGAUGCCGAUCCUCAUUUUGGCUCUUCCCAGGCCAAAGAGCUUCUUGAUCAUCUAGAGAGUGUGCUAAUCAAUGAACCUGUAGUGGUUAAAAGGGGCCAACACAUUGUCGAAGUGAAACCACAGGGUGUGAGCAAAGGCAUAGUUGUGCAGAAUCUCAUCUCGAAGAUGCAAAGUAGGGGGAAGCCACCGGAUUUUCUAUUGUGCAUCGGGGAUGACCGGUCAGAUGAAGACAUGUUUAAGAGUAUUGUGCAUUCAUCUUCCAAUCCCGCUGUGCCAGCCAUAGCAGAAGUUUUUGCCUGCACUGUUGGUCAAAAACCAAGCAUGGCAAAGUACUAUCUUGAUGACACAGUUGAUGUGAUCAAGUUAGUUCAGGGCCUUGCUGCAGCUUCAUCAACUCAGCCAAAGUUGGCACAGGUUCAGAAAUCAUUUGAAGGGUUUAUCUAAAAGUUUCGGGUAGAAAUUAGGUUGCUCAUGUGCUGUGAUCGCAUCAGUACUUAGGUUUAAAUGGGCCUCGACAUUUUGUUAUAAUGGUAUAGAGCUAACGAUACAACCAACUUUGUACAAAUGAUACUUGUACAGAUCUGUGUGAAAAGCCCAGUCUUUGCAACUUUUGAAUAUGAUGGUUCUGUUCUUUUACUUAACUUAAA